AUGAGCGGCUGCUCCAAAAGAUGCAAGCUUGGGUUCGUGAAAUUUGCCCAGACCAUCUUUAAGCUCAUCACGGGGACCCUCAGCAAAGACAUCGCCUGGUGGUAUUACCAGUAUCAGAGAGAUAAGAUUGAAGAUGAGCUGGAGAUGACCAUGGUUUGCCAUCGGCCUGAGGGGCUGGAGCAGCUGGAGGCACAGACUAACUUCACCAAGAGGGAGCUGCAAGUCCUUUACCGAGGUUUCAAAAAUGAGUGCCCCAGCGGUGUGGUCAAUGAAGAGACGUUCAAGCAGAUCUACGCUCAGUUUUUCCCUCACGGAGAUGCCAGCAUGUAUGCCCAUUACCUCUUCCAUGCCUUCGACACCACGCAGACAGGCUCCGUGAAGUUUGAGGACUUUGUAACCGCUCUGUCAAUUUUACUGAGAGGGACCGUCCAUGAGAAGCUAAGAUGGACUUUUAAUUUGUAUGACAUCAAUAAAGAUGGACACAUAAACAAAGAGGAGAUGAUGGAUAUUGUCAAAGCCAUCUAUGACAUGAUGGGGAAAUACACAUAUCCUGUGCUUAAAGAAGACACGCCAAGGCAGCACGUGGACAUCUUCUUCCAGAAAAUGGACAAAAAUAAAGAUGGCAUCGUGACUUUAGAUGAAUUUCUUGAAUCCUGUCAGGAGGAUGACAACAUCAUGAGGUCCCUCCAGCUGUUCCAAAAUGUCAUGUAA